CCGGCCCCGCGCGUGGAGGGCCCGGGGGUGGGGGGCUCUGCUUCUCGAGCUGGGGAUGGGCCCACGGCCUCCUUCAGCUGUAGGCCUGGUGCUGGGUCCCCUGGCUCAGGUAGCACCCGUGGGUCUUCAUGCACAGACAGUGUCCUAUGGCGCUACGGCCUUGGGGGGAUUUGGACCCAGCCCCUCAUGCCCCCCAGCACCAUUGCAGCUGUGCUGUGAUAAAGGAGCUCCUAUAGCUCUGUGCUGGAGUUAGUCCCAUUGAUCCCGGGGUCCUUCAUGGCUGUGGAGUUGCCUCAUGGCUGCGAUCUUUCCGCUGGGUUGCCUGCUUUAAUGAUUGGGCUGUGUUAAACAGCACAGCUAGCCAGCUUCUCUGGUGCUGUGUUUUAGAGAGUUGGCUCUCCACUUGUGUCAUUCCUUGGCGAGAUGGGAAAGCCUGGGCUCGGGCUGGGAGCAGCAAUCUCCGUGACCCCUCAUACAGAGGGAGCUGCGGUCUAGGACUGGUGGGUAUGUGAGGAACCUGUAAUACAUAGGAGCUGCUUCAGGCUAUAAAUGCUAAUGAAGUGCAGAAGGGAGAAUUAAGUGCUGAGGCCCCUCAAGGCUUUAUUUCCCCUUUCGUGACCCAUUUGGUUUCCCGUGCAGUUGCUUAAAAUGUUGAUCAAUUAAAAAGGAACGUUUUGUUAGCUCGUGGUAUUGCAGGGUUAUUGGCUUCUCUAUGCCUUGUUCUGACCAUCACAUAGUGCUGUGCGGGCCCAUGCAGCCUGGGGUUGUCCGUGUGCGAACACCCAGUUCUUUGAUUUGCAAAAUGCAUGAAAUAAGGGACUGGGCAGUUCUGCAGUAUUGAUAGAAACUGAUGGCAGUAUGUCUCGUGGGUAGUUCUGUGUGUUACUGUGCAUCCUGAGAGAUGCUCAGGAGCAAACGAACAGGGGAUUUGCCCUGCAGUGUCUGAUAAUUAGAUGAGCAUUUGUCUUUGGAAGAAUGGUUAAAAUGAAGCAAAACUCUUUCCUAUAAAUAUUUUGCUUUCUGAAUGUAUUUUCUCAUGUAAUCUCUUUGACUUCUUGUAUCUUUCUGCUUGGGGAUUUAUUUUCCUGAAUGCAUCAGAACGUUUUGGAGAGAAAUGUUGCUUUUAAGCAGACACUUCAUGCACUGCAAAAAUUCUCAAGUCUCUUGUUUCUGGGCAACAUCCAGCUUCAGUCAGUCCUUCCAUGAAACUGAGACACUUGGGGUUUUGCUAGUGGUGAAAAAGCUCUGGGGGUAGUUUUCCUUGUCUGUGUGACUCUGAUGGUUUCUGGUUGUUGGGGGAGUUCCUGCAGCUGUUGCUAAGGGCUGCUGCCCUGGCUGUGGCUGCAGCCAUACGAAGAAUUGCCUCGCAGAGUGCAGAGCAGUUUAUAAGGAGAAUGUUUGUCCCAGAGCUGACCUGGCUGGGCAGUGUGUUUGGAGGGCUCUGGUUGGGUGGGAAAGUGCCUGCUGGAAUGUCCCUGUUUCCCAGCAGCUCAUGGUGCUAUUACCAGGGAUACUUCUUCCCCUGUCCCUUGAGAAGUGCUUUGGCAGCAGUCUUUUGUCAAUGAAAUUUUUUAAGUUGCAAAGAAACCAUAAAUCUUGUUUUCAUAGGUAUGUUUCAAAUAGUUUAGAGGGAAUGAAACGCUCUGAGGCUUAUGCUUACCACAUUGCAAUAGCUUCAAGAGCACCUCCUGAAAGAUCUCUUAGACAUUUCCCUACAGAUAUUUCUAGCCAAUGCGCAAUUCAUCUGCAUGGACUCUUCUUAAGUAACAUCCACAGAGAGCGCUAGUUCAAAGAUUUGAUGUAAAGGGGGUGGGCUGGUUCCCGCUGCCAUCCUGUCCUGCCCUGCUAAUUCAUGGGCUCUCUGUCUUGGCUCCUUGCUGCAGGUUGUUAGCAUCCCACGCAUGUCAUCUGGCUUCUGCCUUGCCCUGCACCUGGCACUGAGGUCGUGCUGCUGUCCAAGGUCCUGCAUAUCCUGAGUCCUUCUGGUGUGGGGGUCUUUAUUGCUGCGCUCCUGGAGAUGCAGACCUGUCAGCAUGGCAGAGCUUUUCCCAAUCCUUCAGGUUUUUCAAGAAUUGCUGCAAAAUGAGCACUCAUUGAGAAGAUCUGUUUUUGACAGAGCAAAAGGUUGAAUUUGUUACAGGAAGUAUUAAAAUAGUUGUGUUAGAGUUGCAGACUUGUUUGCUUGGUUCUUUCUUGCUUAGCUGAGGGUGAAAAUCACUUCGCGAUGCAGAGAGGUUGAUGUUUGAUGUCCGUCUUAAGAUGGAGCAGGAAGGCUUGGGCUUCCUGUUGGAACAAGGGCGGUUCACAGACACUUUGUAGUCUUAUGCUAUACGUUGUCAGAGCUAAAAGCAGAGCCAAGGCGAUGGUGAUGGAUGAGUGCUUUGCUUCACUAUUCCACUUGCCUGCUGUAGCCAUAAUGUCCCCCAUUUCCAUGAUUUUAUAGGAUAGUUUGACUUAAUGUCCCUCAAGGGACAGUGCUGUAAGGAUUUGCUGAUUGAUUAUAAAUGUAAAUUGUGCUUAAAAUGUAUUGGAUUCAACUUAUUUUAUAAAUACAUUGUAGAUAAGAACUCUGUACUGGCUUUCUUCAGGACACCCGAAUUUCCUGCGCUCUGCCAAAUCUCGAGGAGUGAGUUAGAAAUGAGAUGGAAAGGAAAAAGUCAGCUCUGCGGAACAAAGUUUUCCAGUCCUCCAGUUGUAUCGCAUAUAUGCAUUCUCUCCUAAUUCAAACAGGAUGUGAAACGAGGUCCCAGUUCACGUUUUGUCUGUCUCCUAACAUCUGCAUGUGCUUUUCUGCACAUAAGCAGUGCUGGCUUGCAGUCUGCAAAUGAGACUGCUGCUUGGUUUUGCCACUCCAGAGUGCCUGUUUCAAAUUCAGGGAUUCACACGUAAUAAUUCCAGCAAGUACUCCUAGCUUAUUCCUUCAGGAGAGCCUGGCUUUGUGGCUGUGGUGCCUGUGGACCAGGUAGCUCAGGGAUUGGGAGCUGCAGGAGAGUUUAAAUGUUUUGAUUUCUGCCUGUUGGGUCCCCAGAAGCCAUCCCGUGCCUCAGAGUUCCCUCAUCCUCGCACACUGAGCUGUGUCCUGAGUCCCUCCUGGCUUAGUAGUGCGCUCUGACCAUUCCUACAACUGUGAUCUCACAGCUCUUGUUAAAGAAUUGUUUGCUGAAGCACAUAUGCUUUUUCUCCAGCCCUGCUCUUCUUUGCUAAGUGUGUUCAUAAUCAGAGUUUGGAAAAUUAGCCUGGCUCAGCAGUUUGUGGAUCCCCAAACCGAUCCCCUCUGUGUGGCAUUGUGGAGCAUCCAGCUAUUUGGUUUGACCUCAGAACUCUUAUUUAAGGCAGAGGAUGAGAUAUUUUGCAAAACCCUUUCCAGAUUUGUAUGCAGUCGCCUCUGUUUUGUGCCCUUCACCAGGGGUAUCGUUGCUUCAGAGCAGAAGAUGAGUUGCUAACGAGUGGCAGAGACACAAUCACAGAAAAAUGAGCUAUCACCUCGUGCUGUGACGUUCCAUAUGAAGGCCAAAAAAAGCUGAUGCAUCCAGUAUGUAGGCUUUGUUAUUGCUUCAGAUCAGGCAGUGAGCUUGGACAUCAUUGUUUCAUGCUCUUCCAACCUCUGAACAUGUCAUUUACAAGCUCUGCUGCCGGCGGUUAGCCCGUUGUCCUCAUGCUUGGUUUUCUGCACGCACUGACCUGCUGCUCACCUGGACAGGAGGCGGGAGGUGUCUGCUGGGUUGUGAUUGUCCACAGAGCGUGUGAUUUACUUUGCAAAGAAAAAAAAAAGUGCCUUGAAGACAGCAGUUAUGUGCUUUCACACAGGGAACGCAGGCACAAAGGGGAGAAGUGAAUGCUGCUAACACGAAACAGGAUGGAACGAGGAAUUAUGCUUGGAUGUCAGCUGUUUGUAUUCUCUUGCUUUAAGCUAUAUGUAAGAUGAUGAUGACAGGGUUUACUUUUAACAUGGCCAUGUUUUUUGCUUCUUUGUGAUGUAAACAAUCUAUUUUUAAAUCUUUGUAGCAUGAAGUCGUUUUGAAAGAAGGAAGCGCUGCACUGGCUGUCUCUGAUGGGACUCCUGCAGUAAUGCACUGUGACCUUCUGCAUGCUCCAGGAGAUUGAAUUUCACCCAGAAUUUCAUCACUGGGUUCAAUAACCUUAAGCAGUGUGGCUCUCUUUUCAAGUUAUCAGUCUCUUUCCCAGCAGCUUAUCCAACUGCUUAUCACCUUCAGAACAGCUUUGCCUUCCAUUUUUUUAAUGUAUUUUCCCUUGUCUUCUGUUACUCAGGCCAAGCUCCUUGUCCCCGUGGCUCCACCCUCUGCGAUGUGCACAGGCAGUGUUCAAGUUACCUCUUGAUCUUUCUUCGCCUUAAGUAGGUUCAGAUGCCUCUAGUUUUCCAGGCUGGGUCCUUGCAGUUCCUGUCCUGAAUCCUCUCCAAGAACUCACUCCUCGCUGGAGAACCUCACAGGCCCCAGUAGCUAAAUCACAAAGGCUGAGGUUGGACUCGCCUGGCAUGGACCUUUCUUUGGAGACCACAGCCUCAGGAUGGGCGUUUGCAUGCUUCUAGGAUCGUGUGUAAAGCUCCCAGCUUUCAGAACUAUGUGAGUAGUUACCCAUGGGGUGCCACCCAUGUUGAUGCUUUCUGCCUCCCAUCUGGAGCUUAUUCUGGAGCAGAGCAUUUUCCUUACCACCUGCAGGAGGGUUUGUGCUGCUCUUAGUUUGUGGCCCUGCUCUGCCCGCUCAUUUGAGACCUAGAACGAACAGGGAUAGGCCUGUGGUCUCUUUUGGCUUGCCAAAUAGCUGGUAUCUAACCUGUCAAGUAGUUCUCAGAUUUUUUUGGUUCAGACUGCUGUACUUAGGGCUGUCUUUGGAGGUCAGACUUCAUGGGUGACAUGGAGAUGCUUGUCCCAUUCACAGUGUUUGUGUGAAAACUGAAGUUUGAUUUUUAGGAAUGAGUGUGUUUCUAAAGGCGGGACAAUCUACUGAAGCAUAACUUUCAUUGCUUUGGGGUAAGUAGUGUUGGAUUUUAAACAGUAGUUUUGGGUAGUGUAGGAAAGAGCACCUUUACUGACCAAAAUGGUAUGUGGGACUAUUAUUGGGUGUCAUAGCCCUUAAGAGCUCUGCUUUUAGGUCUUAAUGGGAAGAAAGGAAGUCCUUAGUACUGGUUGAAUAGCAGGGAAAUUCUGUCAGGUCCCAGAUGUGCUUUGGAAGUGGAAUUCAUCCUCUGUCAGGCUGCAGCAAAGCUCCCAUCUGGUCCCUGGUGUAAACCUGGGGAAAAGCAAUCUCCUAGCCCACAGCUUGUCGUCUUUCUGUCGGUCUCUGGCAAAGUCCUGCAGUGUCCCAGGCUAAUGUGCUCUGUGAAAUCCUGCUGAUGCAAUAGGGCUUUUGUCUUGGAGCUUGUAGGAUCUCUGCACCCAAACUCUGCUGUCUUAGUAAGCAAAAGUGGACAGCUCGAUGUCUGCUGCAGUGGUUCAGGGAGCUAACAGGAAGCACGUAUCCUUAGUGUAGGGGUGUAGAAAUACCUUUAUAGUCAUCUAGGCUGACCUCUGCUGUUGGUUUUGGUGGCUCUAUGAAUAAUUCCUAUUCAGGCUUAGUUUGUUUAGAUGUAUUGUGCUUUAGAAACUGGCAGUGUUGAAAAAUCUCUGCAUUUUUUUUGUUAGUUUCUAGCUCUUACUAGCUAACCUUCCUUAAAAACAUGUGACUUAUGGUACUGACUGAGCAUCCCUUAUCUGUGUCUUACAGUGUGACUUUGCUUCUUCAGGUCAUCGUCCAAAGAGAUCUCAAUUUGGUGACUGACUUCUCUAUUCCCCUGAUCACCUUUCUUCCCUUGGGACAUUUACAUCACUUUCAUUGUUUCAUUCUGGAGUCCUUUGGGCUGGAGCCAAAACUUUGAGGAAAGUUUUGGCAUGGGGGCACAUCAGGAUACAAUUGGGGCUUCAUUCUUUGGUGUAAAAAAUAAAUCAUUUUGACUGCCGGCAUUUCUCUGAGUGCUGUGAUCUGGCAGAUGUGUGGCCACCUGUGGAGCUGGAGCUCCUUCAGACAGGUGUGCAGCAGGUACUGCAGGGCACGACUGCAAAGUGUUAAGGAUGGGUUUGUGUGAGGCUGCACUGUUCUGUAGAGCAGUGUUAUGACUUGGUUUCUCGAGCACAAAGUCAUCAGCUGCCUUUCUGCAGUGUGGUAUGGCUCUCUUUAGAGUUCAAGCUGUGCUUUCUUCUCUUUUUAUUCUAGGAACUGAUGCUUCAGUUCAGAAGUACAGAAAUAGGGCUUCUUGUGGUGUUAUUCUUAUUUAGGCCUGAUAUUUUCCUGCCUCUCACACAUCUUUUAACCUAAAAGUUCAUGAGCUGGUGUGUAGAGCAGAGGAAUGAACCGCCUGUAGUCAGUUCUGUUUCCUUGUGCUCCAGCCAGCCACCGUGGGAAUGCAGGUUGCAAGAGCUUUCAUGGCACCAGUCAUCCCUACGUGCUGUACAACCACCCUGAGCUUCACAAGCCAUUUCUUUUGUCUGUGAUGAAACUAUGGUUUCAUCUUUUGUUGCUUGUGAGUAUCCUGGCAUGACGAGGCAGGUAGCCUUUUGAUACUGCCUUCCUCACUUCAGCAUAUAAACCUGAGGACUCCUCUCUUCCAUUAAGUGCAUCUUCAGAGUUGAAUGGUGCUUAGUGCUGCCCUGUGUUGCUGGGACCUGGUCUAGGCCAGCAGCUGUCAUUUGACAGGAUAUCAUGGAAAGGUAAAUGUGACUCUAGGUAUGGACAGGCAUGUAGAUCACAGAACUGCUGGAUGGAGUCUGUGGCAUCUGGCUGAAUAAGAACACACACAAUCACAGAAUCAUUAAGGUUGGAAAAGACCUCUAAGAUCCCCAAGUCCAACCCCAGCCCACCUCCACCAUGGCCAUUGACCAUGUCCCUCAGUGCCACAUCCCCAUGGUUCUGGAACACCCCCAGGGAUGGUGACUGCACCACUUUCCUGGGCAGCCUGUGCCUGUGCAUCACCGCUCUUUUGGGGAAUAAAUUUUUCCUAAUAUCCAACCUGUGGCACACCUGACCAUUUCAAAUAGUCUUGAUGCUCCCAGAGGUGUUCUUGUUGAAGUUUUGCCAACUAAACUUAUCUGUACCCCAGCCAUAGGGAAUGAAUUUAUCUGCAGUGAGUAGUGGCGCUUUUCAUGGAUGGGUUCUUGAUUCUGGGAUUCCAUAACUGGUUGUUUUCUACCUCAAAUGCAGCAGAGGUAUUGGAAACUUAAAAAUUUGCUGGUGUUUGUCCGAGGAGGGUCUGCCUGUUUAUCCUGAGACAUAGCAAAGACAGAAUCAGGAGAGGCUGGUGCCGCGCCUCAGGCUGCUGACCAGCUGAGAUACCUGAUUGCUCUCCCAAAGCGGCUGCCAGAAAGUGGUGCUUAGUGCUGUCUGUGUGCUCAUUGGGCUUUUGUAGUGUGUUGGUUUUUUGGUUUUGAAACAGCAGAGUAAAACUGACCUGCUUCUUAGCAGCUUUGCUGCUGCUCCCAGGGCUCUGAAUAUCACGAGGAAGCGGGUUAGAAAUGUCUUCCUCUCCUGCUGAUGCUGUUAAACAAGGUGUGUGAGGAACAUUAAAUAUGUUGGAGCGUUCUGGAGAUGUAAGGCUCCUUUUGGAGGAAAACCAAACGUUUCAUGCAAUGAUGUGUACUUGCUUGUUGCUUAAGAGCUGUAAUCCUCCUCCAGAAAACAAGAUGACCAAACUAACUAUCCCCAAAUUAAUGCCUCUUUUUGAGCUCUAGCGGUGGCUUUGAUUCCCAUUCAGUCUAGCACAUGAACAAUCUAAUGAAUGUAAGGGGAGAAAAUGCGUUCUACAAAUCUAUCAGUCUGCGAAUUGCUGAGAUAUGCAAGGUAAACUUGGAGCAUGAUGUUGUCUUUUAAAAGAUAAGAGUGGUGGUUGAGUUAAAAGCACAUUGGGGAUGCUCAUAAUAGGCCCUUUCCCCCCCAGAUAUCUGUCUUGAUCUGGAUUAGGGGGAAAUUGUACGAGUCUGUGAUUUUUUUUCUGCAGCUUUGCCUUGUUGUCAGGCAGUGGGUGUUACGUGUAGCUGCCAGCUUGGCCAUUAGUACAGGAUGGUAGAGAUCACCAAAACCAGAUCGGGUUUUUGCAUUUGUCUUUUUUGGAGGUUUCAACCUCACCACUGGAAGAUGUCAUGGCGGAUUAUUAGCCAGAGCCAUCUGAGUUAUGUUUCUUACUUAAUGAUUGAUAUCUAAGUCUGGGAAUUUGGAGCAUUAUUGAUUUGACCUCUUUUAAAUUUCAGCAGCUUCACAAGAGACAGAGUGAGUUAGUAAGGAAUGCAAAAUAUGUAAGUAAUAUAUAUUUUAUUAGCUGAAUAGCUUAGGCAUACAUUUUGUACCUUGUGUCUUCUUACCAGAGUAAGGAAGGUUGGACUGUCUGUGCUUUUGGGGACUUCUUUCUUUCUUCCUUUCCGUCUCCUCCCUGCUUCACCUUCUUCAAGCUGUGGGCACAACACCGGCUCUGCUUUCCCCUUCUUGUAGUAGGUGUGCAUUUUCUUGGCUGACUGGUAUCUCUGACUGGGGAUCUAUUGUUUAUUUUCUCUAUGUUAUAUGGCAGAUCUGGGGAUUUUGAAGUGGGGAGGAGAACAAAUUGCUCAAGUUAAAUUGAUGAACCCGUAGCUGCUGCACAACUUUGUUCUGUGUUGUAGAUGUUAAAGCUAAAACCUGCAUCAGGAGCGUCAGGUACAUAUGAUGCUUCCUGCCAGGUGUAGAUUAACUUGUCAGCCUUGCAUUUAGCUCAUGAGUGUGUGGCAAGUACUGAUCAGCAGAAGUAAAAUUCUAAACUCUGCCUGGCAGUCAUGUAACUGUCUGCUAUCUGUGCUCUGCUGAAGCGUCACCUCUGGGUGAUUAACACACAACUUUCUGUCUUAGACCCUUCGCAGAUGUUACAGCCGUGUGAAGGAGCAUGGCGUUGGGAAGAGGAAAAGCAGCUACACAUUUGAACAGCUGGAGCAGGUGUUUGGCCAGGGAGGAUGGGAUUCCCAGCCCUGCCAGCCUGUCCUCAUCAACAGCAGCGGCUUGUACCAGGAGCUGGAGUCAGAUGGCAGCACAAUGGAGGAGUACUCACAGGAGGACUGGGGAAACCACAGUCAGGAUCUUCAUUGCUACCAGACUGGUGAACAGGAAUUAGAUGAAAUGCCUACCACAAAAAGAACAUUAAAGAUAAAACAGGAAUCUUCAGAAGACACUCAGAAGCGCGACGUCAUGCAGAACAUCAUGCAGAUCUUGGAGUCUGUCCAGUUGAAGUGGGAGCUGUUCCAGAGCUGGACUGACUUCUCCAGGCUACAUCUCUCCAACAAACUGGCCAUUUUUGGCAUCGGCUACAACACGCGCUGGAAGGAGGACAUUCGCUACCACUACGCGGAGAUCAGCUCGCAGGUGCCCCUGGGCAAGCGGCUCCGGGAGUAUUUCAACUCGGAGAAGCCGGAGGGCAGGGUCAUCAUGACCAGAGUGCAGAAAAUGAACUGGAAAAACGUUUACUACAAAUUCCUGGAGAUCACCAUCAGCGAAGCGAGGUGCCUGGAGCUGCACAUGGAGAUUGACUGGAUACCCAUCGCCCACUCCAAGCCAACGGGAGGAAACGUCGUUCAGUAUUUAUUGCCGGGGGGCAUCCCCAAGAGCCCGGGUCUGUACGCCAUCGGGUACGAGGAGUGCCACGAGAAGCCCCACUCGCCUCUGGCGGAGCCCCGGGGCCCCGAUCCCAGCAAUGAGACUCCGGGGGAGCUGGAGGUGCCGUCGCCGCAAGCCUCGCUUCGGGUGGAGAUGGAGUCUGCCCGCAUCAUCUACUGCUACCUCGGCAUCGCCGAGGUCAGGACUCUCCAGCAGUGCCUGUUUCUACAUUUUCAGGCAAACACCAAAACCUUCAGCAAAGAGUGGGUUGGGAUCAACGCGUUUUUAUCUCAGAACUGCGUCGUAGAGCCCGGGGUGUCCCCCAAAUCCAUCUACAUCAAAUUUGUGGAAGUGGAGAGGGAUUUUCUUUCCGCUGGCUCUUUGGUAGAGUGCCUGGAAAAAGCCAUUGGAUACCCCUUAAAAUUCAACAACUGAACCUCGUCCUUCAUAAGGAUUAGGGCUUCUGCCCGUUUCCCAUCUCACCGUCGGACGCUUGCGGAUCCUGCCUGCGCGCAGCCGGGCGGGCCAAGGCUUUGCACACGGAGCGCGUUGGAGGGAGGGGGCUGGGGGCGGGGGGCUCGUCCCGGCGCUGAGCCCUGCCCGGGCUCCUGCGGGUACAUUCCACGGGGACGGAGCGCACGCUGGGCGGCUCGCACGGAAAGCUGAUUUUCCACGGUGUCUCAUUUUUACACAUCCGUCUCUCUAAGUGUUACUACAGAUCUGAAUAAAUAAGCAAUAGAUAAUGGCGACUUAAAUCUUGAAUCACGUCAAAUGAGACUGUUUUUCAAAGCCACCCUUAGAUACUAUUGUAUAUAAUUUAGAAAUUCACUUUUUUCACCCAUCCAGUGUUCUCCUAUCUCCAAACAGUGUUGCCUGCAAAGACUUUUGUUUCUGUGAUGUAUUCCACUUUCCUAGUAGUGUUGCCAUAUCCGCUUUUAUUUUAUUUUAUUUUAUUUUUUAACAUUAAAAUAAUUCCUGGGCUUUUGUUAUU